CCGCUCACCGACAGCAUGCUGCAUGUUGUCAUUGCAUAAGUCAUCAUGUUGCAUGAUGUCCAUGCAAGCGUUGACUUGAGCAGGUUGUCCUCCACAGUCACGUGGUCACUCAGAGCAUCUUUUGCAGAGCCACCAAACAGCGUGCUGACGAGGUGCGAUGGACAAGGACCACUGCUGACGUGUAAAGCCGCAGCAACCUUGAUCCCAAUAUUUUUACUACUGCUGGAUUGCCCUCCAAAAAUCCCAGGUUAUGCCUUCCCAAAGGGUCCCUGGAUCUCCCACCGUGAAAGAAAAGGGCUGAACACUACCACCUGUCUGGUUCAUGUUGCUUUCCAGUCCAUCUCUUCCUCUGUCCCACUCCGACCAAGCCCACUUGUCUCAACUGCGCUUCCAUUCUGCUCCCUCAGCCACACUUGACCCACUGCCUCUCCAGCAGCUGUAGCUGUCUUCAUCCAGGCCCCAGAGCCUUGUCAAAACCAAUUAUAGCACCUGGCUGAGGGCCAAACCCAAUGGCUACAGGUGGUCAUGCCCCUGAGAUAGAUGUUUUGAUCAACCUGCAUCAGGUGAGGGAGGCUGAUGACACAGAGGAAGAGUCAUUCGACAGACAGAAAGAAGAGCAUGAGGAGCAGGACUGGGAGAAAGCACUAUCUGUUGAGUGCUUUGCAGACAUCAUUAGUGAAUCUGCGUCCACCAGCGCUGACAGGAUGGGACGAAAUUACACAGAAAAAGAUUUUGAGUAUCACAGGCACACAGUUCACCAUAUCCAUCACCCCUUAUCCACCCACUUGCCUGUACCCCAGCGCUUACGCAAGAGGGUGCACAGCACGGACCGCAGGCGCCGAAAGAAACGGAAGAAAAAAAAGACCUCUCUACCACCUUCUGAAGUUACACCCACCAUCCAUGAAGUAGAUGAGGAGGAGGUAGCGUCUGAAAUAGACACGCAGGAGGUGGCUGCCAUGGCCACAGAGUUACCCAGUAUUGAAGCACAGUUUAGUUUGGAGAGUCAAGAGGACUUGGAGGAAGUCCCUCCAAUGACCACCUUACACACAGAAAAUGAAGGGCAUCGUUUAACCCAGAAGUGCUCGUUAACGCAAAGGGGAGAGCUUCAUAGUGCUGUCAUUGAACACCAUGAGGAGAUGGAAAAGGGGGAAGCUUCUUGCAACAGCGUCAACCCAGGAUCAGUAUCCCCCAGUGCAGUUGCGACUCCGAGCAGUUUCCGCCGAAAGCCCACCCACCAUCGCAUGGCAAGUUCCCCAAGGAGCAACUAUGACCUGAGGGAGCGGAUCUGCAUUGGCAGCAUGACUGCUGUUGAGACUGCUGUCUAUCAGCAAGUGCCAACUGAUGAAGCCGAGGCCCAGAUGUUGGCCAGCGUCGACUUGGAUGACAUGAAAAGUCACAGAUUUGAGGACAACCCCGGGGUAAGACGCCACCUCGUGAAGAAGUCAUCUAGAUGCCAGGUGGCCCGUACAAGCAACAGUUCCACUCCACUAUCCAGCUUAAAAAAGAAAAAAAGAGCAGCAGACAAGAAGACCCAUGAGUUGUUUGUAGAGCUGAACGAGCUGAUUGUGGAGAAAGACCAUGAAAUGCGUUGGAAGGAGCGUGCUCGCUGGAUCAAGUUUGAGGAGGAUGUUGAGGAGGAAACUGAUCGCUGGGGCAAACCUCACGUGGCUUCGCUCUCUUUUCGAAGUUUACUUGAGCUUCGUCGCACCAUCACAAAUGGUGCCAUCCUUUUGGACCUUGAGCAGAACUCUCUGCCAGGAAUCGCCCAUUUGGUGGUGGAGACGAUGAUCAUCUCUGAUCAGAUUAGAGCUGAGGACCGAUCCUGUGUUCUCCGUGCUCUACUUCUCAAACACAGCCAUCCAAGUGAUAUGAAGCAUCGUUUUCACCGCUACCACUCGUCUGCCAGUCUCCAUGGGAGUUACAAUCACAACCAUGUCCAGGACACGAACCUGCCCCUGGUAGCUGAAGAACAUGCUGAACACCAGGAUAACAAAGGACCAGUGUAUGACCCCAAACAAGAAGUCUUUGUCAGCCUGUUUAAAUCUCUCCACCCUCUAUCUCCUGAGAGCCAUCCAGCUGCCGCCAGAUCUUUAAAACUCCUCGCCAAGAUACCCAGAGAUGCUGAAGCUGUCAUUGUUUUAGUUGGCUGUGUUGAAUUUCUGGAGCAGCCAGCAAUGGCCUUCCUGAGGCUCAAUGAGGCUGUGCUUCUGGAGUCGGUGUUGGAAGUCCCUGUCCCUGUCCGCUUCAUUUUCAUUCUGCUUGGUCCCAGUCAGUCCAACAUGGACUAUCAUGAGAUUGGACGUUCCUUCUCAACUCUCAUGUCUGACAAGAACUUCCAUGAGGUGGCUUAUUUCGCAGACAACAGACAGGACCUACUGAAUGGCAUCAACGAAUUCUUGGACUGCAGCAUUGUCAUUCCACCGUCAGAUGUGGAGGGCAAAGACCUCUUGAAGACAGUGGCUGACUUCCAGAAGCAGAUGCUGCGUAAGCGCAAGGAAAGAGAACUGAAGAAGCACCACUCAUCAUGUGGCAUAGAGCAGGACAACAAAGAUAUCAGUCCAGAGGAGGAGGAGAAUGGAGAACAAGAGAUCGACCCAUUAAAGCGUUCAGGGAUUCCGUUUGGAGGACUGAUACACGACAUUCGGCGCCGGUACCCUCACUAUGUCAGUGACUUGAAAGAUGCUGUGGAUAUGCAAUGCAUUGCCGCUGUCAUCUUCAUUUACUUUGCUGCUCUGUCACCUACCAUAACCUUUGGAGGCUUGCUAGGGGAGAAAACAGAGGGCAUGAUGGGAGUGACUGAACUUAUUGUUUCAACUGCAACUCUCGGAGUUAUAUUCUCACUACUUGCUGGUCAGCCACUUCUUAUCAUCGGGUUCUCUGGACCCUUACUGGUGUUUGAGGAAGCGUUCUACAAGUUUUGUCAGGCCUAUGAUUUUGAGUACCUGACUGGUCGAGUCUGGAUCGGGUUCUGGCUCAUCUUUAUUGUCCUGGUGAUUGUCGCGGCAGAGGGCAGCUUUCUCGUUCGCUUCAUCUCACCCUUUACUCAAGAGAUAUUUGCAUUCCUGAUUUCCCUCAUCUUCAUCUAUGAGACAUUCUCUAAGCUUUUCAAGGUAUUUAAAGAGCACCCAUUGAUGGCUUGGUACCCUGGUGACACUACCCCUCCAACUGAUCUUCAAGACGUCAUAAACCAACCCAACACUGCCCUCUUGUCUCUUGUACUGAUGAUGGGCACCUUCUUUGUCGCUUUCUUCCUUCGAAAAUUCAGAAACAGUCGAUUUUUAGGUGGAAAGGCUAGAAGAAUCAUCGGGGACUUUGGCAUUCCUAUUUCCAUUUUAGUUUCAGUGUUGGUGGAUUACACCAUCACUGACACUUACACACAGAAACUCAAUGUGCCAUCAGGAUUUUCAGUGACCUCCCCAGAAAAAAGAGGUUGGUUCAUCAGCCCCUUUGGUGACAAGCAGCCCUUCCCCACCUGGAUGAUGGGAGCGUCAGUUGUGCCUGCCCUUCUUGUGUUCAUACUCAUUUUUAUGGAAACUCAGAUCACUUCGCUGAUUGUCAGCAAGAAGGAGCGUCGCCUGAUGAAAGGCUCAGGCUUUCACCUCGAUCUACUGCUUAUUGUUAUUCUUGGAGCCUUCUGUCCACUGUUUGGCCUGCCGUGGCUCACAGCAGCCACUGUGCGCUCUGUCACUCAUGUCAACGCCCUCACUGUCAUGAGCAAAGCUACAGCACCAGGAGAAAAGCCUAUGAUCCAGGAAGUGAAAGAGCAGAGGUUGACGGGGCUUCUGGUGGCUGUGCUUGUUGGUAUGUCCAUAGUGAUGACAGAUGUUCUACGUCUCAUACCGCUGGCUGUGCUCUUUGGCAUCUUCCUGUACAUGGGGGUCACAUCUCUGACAGGGAUCCAGUUAUAUGAACGCAUCACACUAAUGGUCACGCCAGCAAAGCACCACCCCGACCAUAUUUACGUCACCAAGGUCAAAACAUGGCGUAUGAACAUGUUCACCAUCAUACAGCUGGCAUGCAUUGUGGCACUCUGGGUAGUCAAGUCCACUGCGGCCUCCCUGGCAUUCCCCUUUGUCCUCAUCAUGACGGUGCCACUGCGGCGCGUCAUCCUCUCCAGAAUUUUUGAAGAACGUGAGCUCCAGGCGCUGGAUUGUGAUGAAGAUUCUCCGAACUUCAAUGAAGACGGACAGGAUGAGUACAACGAGAUUCACAUGCUUGUAUAAAGUUCAAUGAGACCAGAAGAACAGUCAAAAUGCUUGGGAGUGACAUUUAGUCUCUGGGUCAUAGGGCAAAAUAAUUAGCAAAUGCGUUUGUAAAAUAGAUUUACUGUAUAUUAAUAAUUUAUAUUAUAUCAGUAAUAUAUUUUUUAUUUUCCGCUAUUUAGAAUAACAACAAAACUUCUCAAACCUACCCAAAAAAUGUUUCUAAUGCCCUUACCUGAAGUACAUGAAAGAACAAUGCAAGCCUAGCAUAAUUCAUAUGUAUAUACUGUACAUGUAUAUUCAUAUUCUACAUGUCUAAAUACUGGAUCCCUUUAAAUACACUGCAGUCUUUGGGCAUAUGUGCAAUGGUAAUGCUCACCACUUUGGGCAUACUAGCACUAGGUUAUUUGAACCAUGACUCUCCUGUGCCCCACUGAGCUGCCGUUGAGCUAAAUGCCUGGACUGUCGACUCAAUGUCCAGCGCGACUUUUAAGGUGUCAGGGAGCGAGGUUCACCAAUGUACUUCUGCACGGCUACACAGGCUAGUACCCGUUUAUCCGAUCACUUUGUUUUACUGCAACAUUCCUGACUCUAUGGCUUAUUCUGAGGCUUUUUUUGCUAGUAUUGUGCAAAUUGGCGGCUAUCAUUUAUAACGUUAUUAUGUGCGUGAAUGUUCUAUGUGUGUAGAUUAUUUAGAGUCGUUUGUUUAUUUUUACUGCAUUGUGUGGAAGAAGUUGUCGUCGUUGCAGGACAAUUUCGCACAAAGCAUGUUUAUGUACGUAGAGAAAACAAUUGUUUCUGGUGGAAAUCAUUUCAGUGUAACCCCAAACAAAAGACGAGCAGAAUUACUGAAGGUUCAUUUAUAUGAAAUUAUUUUGAACAAAAAACGCAAAGGUAUGAUGAUUCUUGUCUAGUGAGUUUUAGCAGUAGGAGGAACAUACGAGCACAAUUCAGGGUGCCUACCAGUUAGCUUUCAAGCUAGGCAAAGAUUGUCAUGGAAAUUGUAUGACUUUACGGAGUUACUAACGGCGUACAGAGGGUUUGCUUGUUUUUUUACAUUUGCCUAUUUAAGCAUUUAUGUUUUGAAUGGUUUUCCUAAAUUUGGUUUUGCUGAACUUUUAGCUGACAUUCAUCACGUUAUGUAGUUGUAUAGCAUGGUUAUAGCGACUACGACGAGGGAUGUCUUCAAAUGCAAGAAGUUAGGCAGUGGCCAGGAGUGAUUGCAUUGCAGUCAUUUUAUAUUCACUGUAUAGUUGAGGGAAAGUGUACUGAACUUAAGCACGGAUCAAAACACUCACUAACCAAACAUACUUUAGACGUAAAGUGGGCCCGAGCAUGGUUCGAAUGACGUAUUUUGAGUACACCCUAAGACUACACUAUGAAAAUUGGUGGAUGAUUGUGGGGAAAAUUACGAGAAAUCAAUUUCCCAUCACUGUCAGUUCCGAAAGUGAACAAAAAGGUAAUUUUGAUCACUUAACUUAAUUAACAGGUAAUGGGAAUUGUCUUUAAAUCCAAAAAAUGGUGCCGAAAAGCAAACCAAUUAUGACUAGAUUAGCUGCCUCUUUGUUUAUGCUACUGCCAUUUCCUUGUGAUUGUAAUUGUGUGCAAACAAGAGGUUAAGCAGCUUUGUACAGACUUACAGCACUUUGACUUGCAAGAUGUCUCUACCAACCAAUGCUCCCUGGCAAAGAAGUCAUCUCUCACUGAAGCAAAACUUUCCUUUGGUGUAAACACACAACAGAAAAAGCCAUGCUGACCUUGUUUUGUCAAUGUAGUUUUUAUCAUUUAAACUUCAUGCGACGUCUGAUGAUUAGUAAUGUUUAAACUUUAAAAGAGUUUAUCUGCUAAAAAUGUGUUGGCUGAGACAUAAAAGGACAUUGCGUAGUUUGACGCACUUGAACCUCCCCCCAAAAAAUGUCACUCUUGACAUUCAUUCUUUCAUCUUCUCAACAAGAUUUCCAGUACACUUAUCACAUAUGUCAUGAAUAAUAUAACUAAACACUUUAACUGAAAGAGCUGAGAAACUAAGCAAACACACGUGUACUGAACACGCCGGGGAGCAGUGUUGGCAGGAUAUGUGAAUGAUGUAUUGUAUAGUAUGACUGAAUUAUAAUGUAGCAUCUGUGUUUAGUCAUUUGCUUUUACCCCUGGCUUUGCAGGCCUGCUAUAGAAUUCUAAUUACCUUUAGCCAUGCCACUUUCAAGAACCUAACUUUUAUCACAUACAAGUUACACUGUUUUGCAUGAAUUUAAUGUUGUUAUACUUUGACAGACAUUCUUAACAAUGGCUAUACUUGAAUGUCUGUGUGUCCAAAGCAAGCAAGAUAUUGCAACCAGCACGUGAAGCAAAGUGAAGCAUUUUUCUAUUUUGUUUUUUGCUUGUUUGUUUUUUGUCCAAUGUUUAAGCACAAUGACGGUGUUUUGAUCGCUGAGAAAGCACAGAUCAGAUAGUGGUCGUGCUUAAACUUGGCCACGUGACGUGACCCACUGCUCUUUGACGGAGAAAUGCAUUCAGUGGAACCUGUUUAUGUCGAUGCCCCUCGGACUGGCUGACUGACGCUGACAUACUGUAAGCUGUUGUCGACAUAACGGAAACUAGCCAGUGCUUGCACAUUUCCAUGUGAAUUUCGACAGACCACAGUUUGUUGACAUCAUUUUCCUCAAUUCGUGCAUAUGUUGAUUUGGAUUCUUCUGUUUUAAUAUGAUAAUUCAUACUCUUACCUCAGAGAGCUGCUACUUUAUUGAUUAAAAAUGAGAAUAAAGCUUUCGUACAUGCGCAAAUCGUUCCUCCGGUGGCUAGCGAUCUAAAAAAUAAUAAAUAAAUGGCUGCGUUUUGUAAGUUGCUUCUUUCCCGGGUAGUUCAGGGUACGUCUGACCGGCAGUAGACCCACAACCCAUUGGAGAGACUGACCUGGGAAACCCUCAGCAUCCCUCCGGAGGAGCUGGACGAAAUAGCGGAGCAGAGGGUAGUCUGGGUUUCUCUGCUUAGGACCCCGCAACCCGACCCGAAAUAAACAGAAUAGAUGGAUGUCAACAUAAAUUGACAGAUUUUUCAUAGCGAUGACCCCUUUAGGUCUCAAAUAUGUCCACAAAAGCGGUCGACCAUGUAUUUCGGCACUGACUUAAGCGGGCACUUUUUAGUAAUAAGAACACGGUGGACCAAGACUUGAUGAGUUGGUCGACACAGAUGGGUUAUUGUCAUAACAGGUUCCACUGUCUCAGAAAGAUUUGUUCUGUGGCCAAAGGUGUUUCUGUGCAUAGAUCCGUGUCAGGAAAGAUCAUCUAUUUUCUUGGAAUAAUCAGGUAGUUUUAUAGCUGCAGAAAAACAAUCAAUUGAAGAAGUGCUUAAAGGUGAAUAGUAAAUAGUACCAGUUUUAUUUUUAUCAGCAUAUACAAGUGUUUGCUCACCACAAGAAUUAGUAUCUCCGUUUACACCACCAUGCCCUACAUUUUGAGCCAUACAAGAAUUCUCUCAGGGUAAACUGACCUUUGAACUGUAAAUAAUGCUCCCCUGCCUUUAGUUUGCAGAGACUUUUAUGUAAAUAAAGCAGUCAAGGGGUGUAAAAAUCUAUGGCUUACAGUCCAUUUUUAUGUAUUUAACUAUGCGUAAAAGAAGGUUAAGUGAAGAUGAUUAAUUUUACUUUCUUUGAACCAGGAGUCCUCAAAAAGCUAACAACAUUACUCUCAUAUGCCUACAAUAAAAGGAACCAAGCAUUACAGUUGCGGCCUGUAAUACCAAACAAUAAACUGAAAAUAUCGCCUGUGGUGCGUUGUAAUCAACUGCAUACAGAAAGUUUUAAUGAGCUCGCUAACCAACUAAGACAUUUUUUAUGAACGCUAACCCCCAUUUCUUUCCCAAAUCAUUUUUUUAAUCAUGAAAAAGCGCCCUUUGAUCAACCAUUAACAGGCAGUCAUGUGCAACACAUUAAAUGCAUUUGAGUGCAAUAUGUGGAGUGGCCAAGUUUACUGUAGAUUUCUGCAACUGCAAACAGCUCACCUGGUGAAACUAUUUGGACUGGUAUGAGGUACAUAAAGCUGGGAAAAACACACCUAACAUUAGCGAGUAUACAGGUGUUCUUUUUUGGAAACAAAUCAUAAAUUAGCUGUCACUAGGCGCCUGCCAUCUGUAUCCAGUGGAGCUUUUUGUUUUCUCUACCGGUUGACCAACAGCAGCAAAAGACGCACAUGGGUCUGUGGUUCUUGUUGUCUGAGAAAACAAGUCUGUUCAAUACGUCCACAUGCUCUUGUGAUGACAAGAACUGGCAUGCCUGCUUGACUAUAGCCAGAACAGAAUAUUGUAUUGGCCAUGUUACAAUCGGACCAGCACUAAAUUGUAGGUAUUAUUUAUGAUGUGUGUUGCUGAUAAUCUGGUCUGUUCUGUCUGGUUUUAAAAGUUGAAACAUACAAGAUGAAAAGGAAAACACAGUGGUACCUCGGUUUUGUUCCAAAACAUCAGACGAAGAUUGAAACUUAACCGGAGCAAUUUUUCCAUAGGAACAAAUGUAAACCCACUUAAUCCGUUCUAGGCACCCAACAUAUUCACAAAAAUACAUUUUACAGGGAAUAGUCAUAGUUUUACAUGGGGAAAACAAUGCAAAAUAGUUAUAAAUGAGGAAUUUAAUGGAUAAAUUAACAUUUAAAGGGACUGUAUGCGGCGGAUUCUUUCAGCUACAUAGAGGACGCCAACAUUUGAACGUACUGCAAGCAUUAUAUGUCGCCUCUUCCUGCUUUUUACACUGACGUAGCACACGCCAUAGUUAUGUUUGCUAAUAGCAAUUUGGCUAUGUUUCGCUGUUAAUGUUAGCUGUUGUUGAAUGUACAGCCCGUCUAGCAUUAUUGCGAGCCGACUUCGGGGGCCUCGCCUGAUCCUUUUGGGUUCCGCUUGGUGGGGGGCGCCUCAAGUCCUGGUGGGUAGGGGGUCUUGGAUGAGUGUGGGCUUGUCCUCAGUUUUUUCCUGCUCGGUUCAGGUGGGGUCGGGGGGUGGGCAUGUGGGGUCCCCGUCGUUCCUGCCUCGCUGCACCAGUACACAUACAUAUAGGACUUUGGGGGGCGGUCCACGGUCGGGCGUGGUGCUGCCUUACGGCGGCUCCUUUGCCACUGGCAUGCCUCAGACUCAGUUGCCCCUCCAUUUUAACCACAAAGUAGACACUUCGGGUUUGGGGAAGCUGGGCAGGUGAGGUAGUAGGGGUCAUGGGUGUUUUGGGUCCGGGUCUGUUGGGGGUGCGGUGCUGUGCUGGGUGCUUGGGUGUUUGUUGCCACCUGUCUUUGAGCUUCGCUGGGCUGUUUUCCUUAUGUUUGCCUUUCCCCUAUCUGGCUGCGGGCCUGUCGGGGGUGUCGUUCCAGUUCACUGUGGGUUUGAGGGUGGGGGUGGUGUUCUGGCUCCGGGUGGCUGGUGGGGCCCGCCGGGGGGUGUGCUGCCUGGCGGGUGUCAGCUGGCGCGGUGCGGUGGAUUGUCCUUGCUGCUCAUCCAUUCCUCUGCCUGCUUGCUCAUUUGCUGGCGUUUCCCCUCACCUGCUCCUUUGUCUACCUUGCUGGGGUCAUCUUGCCCUUGUGGUGGAGGUAGAGUGCAGGCCUGGUGUUUUCACGCUCCCUAGCGGUCUGCGUCUGCAGCUCGUGAUCUGGGUUGUUGGUCCCCUGUAUGUCUGUGCUCAACAGUUAUUGUCUUAUUUGGUUAAUUAUGGUUAAUAUUUUCAUUAUUACAAUUAGCACUAAUAAGGUUAACUGUCUGAAUACAGUAUUAUCACAGUUGCUGUCAAUAUUAUUUUGUUUUUUCUAUUGUGGACUUUAUGGCUGUCACAGACAUUUUCUGAUGUAAUCCUGUUGUUGUUGCCGCAAUUGUUGUUAUGCUGUUGUUGUUGUUGUUGUUGUCUCGCUCUGUAUUGUCCCCCCUUUUGUCCCCACACCCCACCUUUUCUCUUCUUCUCUAUUCCCUCGUGCUCUGGCCCGGCCGCUCAAAAAUUCACAUCACAAUGAAACAUCAAUUCAAGUCAAAUACAAACUAUGUAACAGGAGAAGAGUACACCUUUCCCUGGCAGAGCAAACCUGUUUAGCAUGUAAGGUCAUCUAGGUCAUCUCGGUCAACAAUACUAUUUGCCCCAUUGGCUGGACAGGACAAGGGGAAAAAAAAAGAACGUACAGCGUAUUGUAACCACACAAUGACUAUUUAUUACUACACAGUAAAUUGUGGGUCGCUGCUCUGAGACUGCUUUUGUGUAUGUGAACGCACUACAGACAUGUGCACGUGUAUGAGACAGCGGUGAGUGAUAGCUUUGAACGGCAAUUAUUUAAUUUGGGCUGAACGAAAAUGUAGUUGCAUGUAUGUAAAAAUAGGCAUUGUUUUGUACAGUCUGUCCUUUUAAACCACUAUUGGCAACUCAUGCUAUGCGGUAGUGGCCUUAAGGCCUUUCUUUGGUUUCAAAAAAUGUAAUUUGCAGCAAGUUACAUACAGUCCCUUUAACAACACUUGUACCUUUAUUGGGGACUCUUUGGGAGACUAGGGAAGGGGGAGAGAGGAGGGUAUCCACACCGACAACAACUUCUCAACCUCAUCAAUCAUUUGUGACCUUUGUUUCGUUAACACAGUUACCCCUUUCGCAACAUUAUCUUCUUAGAUUUUCUUCUUUGCCAGGUUGAUGGGGCAAACGGACUAGUUUCUGAAAUAGUCCCAUUUCAGUAAAUCAGAAAUAAAUGUGCCUUACAGGAUACCGUGGUAUUGUGUCAAGUAUUGCGAGGUUUGGUGUUGGGUGUGUGAUCCCAGAUGGCUGAAUAAACAAGCAAUGUUGCGAGUAGUCCGUCCAUAUCUUUAUUAGGACCACAAGAGUGAACAUACCAAACGGUAUAAUAAACAGUUUAUUACACGCAAUAUUGUACGAUAACCGAGACAGUGUAUGAGAACCGAGGCGAAAUGUUGGUGUCGUACAAAAACUGGGGCGUUUGAAAACCGAGGUUUGACUGUAGUUUCUUUUCUUCCCCUCAACAAUGUCUCUGUAGAUCUUUGUUCACCACAUUUUGUCCCCGUGCACCUCCAUGACUGCAGUGCUCACAACCCAGCAAAAUCUGAGACUUGACAGUUUUGUUUAAAAAGCCUUUCAUAGCAUCAUUGUUUGGAAUGAAGAUGUCUUUUGAGUUGUGACAUAUACUUUAUAGAGUCAUGUAAAUAGAUAGGAAUAAAUGUUUUAUGAAAAAUGUCUCAGUAGAGUUUACAAACCAAGAUAAUAACGGAUAAUAGUAAAGUUAGGGCAAUAUAAAGUUGAACUAUAUUUUUAUUCUUGUGUUGUUAGUGUUCUUGUUAUAUCCUUAACACUUUCUUGGUGAUAAUCCUUGUAAAUAAAGAAUUAUGCUAUAAUUUAUUUGGUGAUAGAGUUUUUUUAUGCAAUUUAACCAAUCAGUCGCAUAGUGCCGGAAUUAAUCAUCGUGGGAACAACUUAUUUCGUACAACUUCACGGUUGGUUGGUUUUAUUCGGCUAAAUUAACCACGCGUUUCAUUGUUUCAUCUCUCCAGCAAGUUCAGUUUGUCAAACAACAAAAACAAGAGGCCAACGAGGGCAUUCCAUUUGUGUUUGGUUGUGCAGUUUGUCUUUGGUGUAGUAAAAAUAUUCAGACCACUCCCUUCCCCAACUUCUUAUUUACUGCAACUGAGAUUUUUGUGUAUUCAGAAAGAUGACAUUAUAUUCUCAUUAUAUGGAACCGAAUUAAUUAUGGUUUCUGUAACAAGGUUUUCAAACAAAUGUAAAUCAUUUUUGUCAGAAAUAAAUACUUGUGUUUUAAAAAUACAAAUGGACUCCUUCUCUUUGUUAGGCUAGACAAACCUCAGUCAGUUGAGCAAGGUUAAUCAUUGCACAUGUUUAUUCAACUCGCAAUGUCAGGUCAUACAUCAUACAGCACAUACAGUACGUAGUCUGCGUUAUUCCUUUGCUGUGAUUUCUGACAUCACAGAAAAAAAACAAAACAAACGGCAAUCUUCAACAACAACUUAAACUCAGUGUUUUCUGUAGAGCAAACAUUUUGAAGCAUCGCGUUCUGGAUGAUCUCAAGAGUUUGGGUGUUUUAUCACGUUAGGUUUUUCAUUACAGUGACUAAAAAAAGUUGAGCCA